AUGGCGUCAAAAGUGGACGCGCGACUGCUUAAGUCGACUAAAUUCCCCGCCGAGUUCAACAAAAAGGUUGACAUGCAGAAGGUCAACCUGCAAGUCAUGAAGAAGUGGAUUGCCAACAAGAUAUCCGAUAUACUAGGCAACGAAGAUGAUGUAGUCAUUGAGCUUUGCUUCAACCUCAUCGAGGGAUCCCGCAAUCCGGACAUCAGAUCGCUUCAGAUACAGCUCACUGGAUUUCUGGACAAAGACACGGCAUCUUUCUGCAAAGAACUAUGGAACCUCCUGUUGAGCGCUCAGACUAGUCCUCAGGGCGUACCCAAGGAGCUUUUGGAAGCCAAAAAAUUGGAGCUCAUGCAGGAAAAGCGAGAUGCCGAUAAAGCGGCCGACGAAGCACGCAAACGCCGACAAGAUUCCGAUCACACCAAGUGUUUGAUAAUCGACCAAGGCGCGAAGAGCACGAUCGUGCAACAAAGGCUUGUCGCCCGUCAGAACACCAACUCCGAGAUUCGCGAGAUUCUUACGGUCGCGAUAGUUAUGUUCCCAGUACACGACGCCACCAUGACCGCGAUCGAAGACAUCAUCGCGACCGCUCCUAUUCAGGAGAUGAAUCGUCUAGGUCCAGAUCGCGCGAUCGAAGCGCAUCUGGUGAUGGCAACCCAUCUUCAAGCCCUGCGCGCCGAGAUCCCUCGCCGCCUCGGCACCACGGGUCCCGAAAGAGGUCUAGAUCUCCCCGAGGGAGUUCCUACCGCUCGAGACGCAGCCGAAAAGAUUAUGACCAUGAUGAUGACGAUGACGAUGAUGACCGUCACCUCAGCAGGUCCCGCCAGUCACGUUCCGUUUCCUCUGGCCACAGAUCACCUGCGGCCAAGAAACGGAAAGAAUCGCGUUCUUGCAACCGCUCACCUCGAAGAAGGCAGAGAUCACCAUCGUCCGUAUCCGACAGUCGAUCCAGAUCUCGCAGCCGGGACAGAAAUUUGCCUCGAACGAGGCAGCCGCAGCACCGUUACAGCAACGAGUCUGAAGGGGCUGACCGCCGUCGGCGCAGUGACUCUCGGGACCAUGUCAAGGCCGAAUACCGCACCAAACGGGAGAACAGACGACGUCGCUACAGUUCUUCCGGUUCGUCCAUUUCUCAAUGCAUGGAAAAGCGGACGAGCGACUAGAAGACAACUGUCGCUCUGCAUAAUAAUUAACCUCGCAUCCAGGGGUCAGGAAGCCAUAUAUGAUUCAGAGCAACUCGCGGCCGCCAGAGAGUGCAGCCUAUUGGUGGCUGACGAAGAUCAACUCGCGGUUGGGGUCGAUAUCUUGGCAUGUGGCGAACCAAGGCGAGCGGGUGGCGCGCUUCACCGUCAAAUCAAACGAGAAGAUUUUUGUAUUUUUCACAUUGGAUACAAGGCUUUGAUGGCUGGACACAAGCAGCAAUUCACCGCCAAAGGUCAGGAGAAAGUCAAGGACGGUGUGACUGGAGAGUCUAUUCGAUCAUUGACUUGA